AUGCACCUUUCCAGACCUAGACGCAGCCCCUGGAGGGAACUGGUCCUUGUGGCAAGUCUGCUGGCAUGGGGGAUCUGCCAGGCCUCUGGCCAAAUCUCCAUCAUCUCAUCCCUAGGGAUUGAGGGAUAUGAGGCCCUCCUGGAACUGCAGAAUGUCCCCGAGGGUGUGCAGGAAUACAGCUGGCACCGGGGUGCAAGUGACAGUGCAGACUCGAUGAUUGUCAGCUACCAACCUCCCUCCCAGGCCUGGCAGCCUGGGCCCAUGUACAGCAGCCGGGAGAACGUGACCGUGAAAGGCCACCUGGUGAUCAAGGACUCCCUGUUAAACGACACGGGGAGCUACACGGUGAGGGUGGACCUCGGCAACGAGACCCAAAGAGCAACCGGCUGGCUGGAGAUUCACGAGUGGGAAGACGAUCCCGGCAUCUCGGCCAACACCACUUCCGUGGUGGAGUACAGGGAUCCCAUGGUCGUCUUCUGCCACACCAAUGUCACCGACGCCACCAGAAUCCAGUGGUAUGUGAAUGCCUUAAAUGUGUCCAGCAAUGAGCAGAUGACGAUUUCGCCAGACCGCAAGACCCUCAUCCUCCACCAGCUCAGCCGCUAUGACUUCAUGAUUCGGUGUGGCAUAGAGAACGUCUUAGGGUUUCCUCAGAAAAGUGACAUCAUCUUUCCGAAGGUGUUCUAUGGACCCGACAGCGUGCUGCUGAGGACUAAGCCCUCCAACUUCAGCAGCGUCCUGGCCGCUGAGGUCGGCUCUGCGGUGCAGCUGGACUGCACCUCCACCUCCUCCCCGGGGCCCACGUACCGCUGGAUCCACAACGGCUCCUUCCUGAGCUCGGCGGCGAGCCUCAACUUCCCAAGUCUGACCUGGGAGCAGAUGGGCAGGUACAGGUGCAUCGUGGAGAACCCAGUAGCAGGGCUGAGCUUCUACAGGAACGUCCGGAUCCAGAGGCCCCGUAAGUGUCCUCUCCUUUCAGGGACCAUCCCUGAGAUCAGGACGGGUUUCUACCUCUCGGGGUCCUUGGUGGUGUUCUUCAUCGGGAUGACGGUCCUGGGCGGAGUCUACCUCUGCGGAGUCCUGAUCUACUUUCUCAUCACUCGUUUCUCCACCAGCAAAUGUGCUUCUAAGGUCCCCACUCUUUGGAACCUGAAGCCACGGACCGUCAGAGACGCUGCAAAGAUGCCCCAACUCGCCUUGCCGGUGGGGACCAUCGAUGGCACCAGCAACAGCAUCAUGAUAAUCACCGCUGUCCCCAUUCGUGGGCACAGCCUAUGA